AUGGCCGCGUCGAAGCGCGCGACUGCAAGCGCGCCUCGCCUCGCCUCGCCUCCUCCCCAGGCCCUCCUGCAGCAUGCAGCUCCGGUUUUUCUGGGGGGCGUUCGGGAGCGGGUGGCUGGCGGAGACCUGGCUGUCAGACUAAGAGUGUGGAUGGGUGAACAAUUAAUUUCAGAUUGGCGCAACCUCGGCCGGGGAUUGAGGCUACGUAGUAGUCAGAGAAGAAAGUAA